AUGAAACGCGGAACCGGUACUAAUCCUGAUGAUAAUUAUAUGAAUAAUCAUACAGAAUCAGAUGGUUCUGAUUUCAGCGCUAUGAAUUUUGUUCCCAACUAUUCUUCUAGUUCUGAGUAUAAUUUUUCAAAUCAAUUUAACGCCAUAAAUCCAAAACUAAACUACGAUAUGCAAGAUAUGUCAAUGCAGAAGAAUAGUAUGAAGCAUCAAGUUCAGAAAAAAUCUCUACAUUAUUCCCAUGCGGAAAAUAAAAUAGAACAUAUUUUCACAUCGAGGAUAUCCGAAAAUGGUCUCGAGUACCUUAUCCUCUUCCAAAAUCAAGAACAAUUUUCAACGUGGGUUCCAUCUGAGAUAGCUAAAGAAUUUCCUAAUUUUGUCUCCAAGCAAAAGAAAUUUAAUGAAACAAACAGUAACAGGUCUCUUUUUUCAUUCAACAGCCCGAAUAUUAAUACUUCUUAUAAAUCGAUUCUCAAAAUACUGUCUCAUCGUCUAAUAGGUACAAAUAAUAACUCGUCCCUCGAAUUUUUAUAUAUGCUAAAUACAGAAACAGGCUCAAGCUUUUUCUGGGAACCUGUAUCGGUCAAUUCUCCCCAGCUACUAAUCCAAAAUUAUUUGCAAACAAGGGUUUGCGUUGAAAAUACCCAUCCACCUCGUCCAUCUAAAAUUGUUGUGACAGAAGAUGUUGCUAAAUCCUAUGUUUCUACGGAAGGAAAGACGUUAAGAAAUUACCAACUCGAAGGGAUCAACUGGAUGCUCUCUUGCUUUUGCGCAAACCAUGGCUGCAUUCUUGCUGACGAAAUGGGGCUUGGAAAAACCAUACAAACGUUGAUUUACCUCAAUCACUUAAAUCGUUAUACAGACUUCCACGGGCCAAACUUGAUAGCAGUAGGUACAAAUACCUUUGAUCAAUGGUGUGCGGAGCUCGAGAAGUGGACAAAUUUAAAAUAUGUCUCAUACACAGGAUUGCCAGAUACUCGCAGCGUUAUACAAAAAUACCAAAUGCCAUUUUUCAAUGAUAUGGGAGUAAAACAAGAAGACAAGUUUGGAUUUAACGUUCUUCUUGUCACAUACGAUAUUUUCUUAAAAGAUAUCGAAUUCUUCUCUACAAUCGAGUGGCAGAACAUCAUCGUAGAUGAGGGACACCGCAUCAAAAAUUGUGAUGGUAAGAAACAUAAUGCCCUUCUCACUGUUAAAGCGAUGAACAGAAUAAUUCUUACUGGAACUCCAAUUCAGAACACAAUGCUUGAACUGUGGACACUUUUACAGUUUGUUUCUCCAGAAUACUUCCCUGAAGGCUCAGCAUUUCCAACUGAUGACGUUGAGUCACUCGAUGUGGAAAUCGUUUCUCACAUCAAGAACAUGAUUGCACCACACCUACUCCGCAGAUCACUAAAUGAUGUAGAGACAACGAUGCUUCCAAAGGAUGAGAGAAUAGCACUUCUUCACCUUACAAGAAUGCAAGAGGAUUUAAUCAGACUGACACAACUCCACCAACUCGGUCGAAUUAAAAAUGGUGGCGAAAUAGACUCAUUACAAGAGUCAAACACAUUCCAGAGAAUUUGUAACCACCCAUUUUUAAUAGAAGGAGUAGAAGACUAUUUCAUGGCAAGAAAUCCAGGAGUGUCAAAACUUGACAUGCUUGUCAACACAUCAGCUAAAUUCAUUUUCCUUGACAGAGUUCUUCCAUGCUUCAAGAAACAGGGAAGAUCAGUUCUAAUAUUCUCGCAAAAGGUAAAGGUUCUGAAAUUGCUCGAAGAAUACUGCCAACUCAAGAGAUACACAUAUGAAAUCCUUAAUGGUAACUUAAGUGAACAGGAGAAGAAAGAAGCAAUAUCAAAAUUCUGUGAUAAUUCUGGUGAUGCUUUCAUUUUCCUAAUUUCAACGCGAAGUGGUGCGGAAGGCUUGAAUCUGACACGCGCCAACGUCACAAUCGUAUUUGACCCAGAUUGGAACCCACAAAACGACAUUCAAGCACUUGGACGAUGCCAUAGAAUAGGUCAGACACAGAAGGUUGACGUCAUUCGCCUUCUAACUUUUGGCACUUACGAACACGAAAUGUAUAUCAGAUCCCAGAGGAAGCUCAAACUGUGGAACUCAAUUCUGGGUGAUGGAAAGCAGAUACAAGAGGCAUCACGCCCUCCUCCAGCAAUCGUCAUCGAUGGAUCACAGAAGAACUCAGUCAAAUUGGAGUCAAUGAUCAAUCCACAACCAAGAUUUUGCGGUAUUGACUUUGAGGGAUACGGCACUUUUAUCAAAGCAGAUGAGGAAAUAGAACAAGUGACUGAAACUAGCUCUAUCUAUCCCGUCCCUCCAAUUCUCGAAACUCCAUUCACAGUGAUGCCAGGAGAAACAUUUGAUAGUAUCAUGGAGAGAUCCGCAACAAUCACUAAGGAUGUCAAGUUCAGCGGAAUUAACUCGAAGAAUUUUCCGAAAAUUGAUAUAACCCACGGUUUAACGAACGAACAGUUCCUCAAUCAAUUCCCUAUUCUUGAUCAACAGAAUUCAUCUUCGAGGAAACAAAAAGCACGACCAAACACCGUCCACGUGACAAUUGACGGUAAGAUGGCCAAAAGAAUUCUCAGAUUGCUGAGAUACUAUGGUUUCGGCGAGUGGGAAAAAAUACAUCAAGCAAUUGAUGGAUAUUGUCCAAUAGAACAACUCACAAAAUUCUGUGCCGGCGCUGUAUUGCUUCACUUCAGAGCUCUUGAACCAUCCAAAGUCAUGACUUUUCCUCUGUUAAUGAAUCGACUGUUGAAGAGUAUUGAGCCAUUGACAUACACAGCUGCAUUCUGUACCAACAAAGCAGAAUGGUUUAACAUAUUUAUCAGAAGGUCCGUAUUGGCACAAGAGUCAAAAGCAUGUAAGGAUAUUCAUGAUCACAUUUUCUCAACAGCUCAAAGAUUUUUGAUGUCUCUUGAGAACCAUUUAGUGAUUAAAGAGUUUGCUCGCAAUCCUUAUUACGACCUACUCUUACAAAUACUUCCUCCAUUCCAAGGCAGAACAAGAGAGGAAGACCAAAGACUGGUGAACGAGCUUAUCAAAGGCAUCGACAUAAACAUAAAGGAUAAAACAAGAGUCAUUCACAUUCUACACAGAAUGAGAAGUGUGAUUUUAUCCAGGAACGAACCAGUAUCUUCUUUCCAGACUAACUUUUGGUUGCCUGUCGAAAUAAAACAAGUUGUCGACACCCUAAAAGAGUUCGGAAUGGUAAUGCUUGUUGACAACAAAACAAUUGUAGAAAAGACAGCCCUUUUAUCAAAAUCUCCAGAUAAUGUGGUUGCUUUUGUUAAGUUUCUUGUCAGAAAAUUCCACGAGAUGCAGAAAGAUAAAGGACCAAUCACCAUCACAGAAGAAGAGGCACACUCUAACGAAGCACCACCAGAUGUAUCUCAAACAUUCACUAUCAAAUCAAGCGAAAAUAUGAAUAUUCUCAGAAGAAUUAUUAUUGUUCAAAACAUCAACUCUGUAUAUAAGGAAUUCAGCGGCAGGACACCAGAACAACUCAGCAGGAAGAUCGUUGAAGAUAAUUGGAUGACAUAUGGCGAUCUUAUGAAGUUCUUGGAUAUGAUAACAAGAUACGGUUGCUCUUUUGCGCGCGAAAUUCUUUUGGAACCAGGCUUCGUCGAACAUUUGACACAAAAAGACAUACAAAAACUGAAAUCAAACGAGCCAAUCAGCCAGACUAAUGACACAAACAUUCCUCAGUUUGUUUUCACUGACAACGCUUUUUACAAUUUUCUAAGGAACAUUCUGAAAUCAGAAAGCGUGCAACAAUCAGUUCAACCAUCUCAACCAUCUCAACAGCAACUGAUUCAGCAACCGCCAAUUCAGCAGCCACAGCCAAUACAACAGCCACAACCACAGCAAACAAAGUCGAUACCACAACCCAAAGCUCUUCCUCAACAGCAGCAGCAACAACAAAAGCCAACAAGUCAGAGUCAGAAACAGCAAAGAAAGCAGCAAAAUUCGGCUUCCCAAAAACAACAAAAGAAAUCAAAUAAGCAUUUUCAGCAGCAACAACAAACACAAGAACAAAAAGGUUACAACUACAAUCAGAUCCAACAGAGUUUCUCCAAUCAGCAAAUCAACGCAAAUUAUCAAAAUUUCCAGAACCAGCAAAGCUGGCAACAACCACCACAACAAAGCCAACAACAGAACCAGAUGAUGUUCUCACAAAUGAAUACACCACAGUUUGGCGACCAACAACAGAAAGUGUUUGGCUCAAUUUUCGAAGGAAUCGAUAUGUCAAUCAUACAGGGUCUCCCCCUCCCUCCAACACAACCACAACAGAAUCAGCAAGGUCAAAUGCAUCAAAGGAACCAGAACUGGAAUAUGAUGCAGCAACCAAAUCAAACGCAAACAAAAGUAAAACAGGAGAAACCACCAGACCAAAAUUCAUGGCAACAGCAAUAUCAGCAAAACUGGCAACAGAUGCAAAUGCAGCAAAACUGGCAACAAUCUCAACAGCAACAGAACCAGACCACAAACCAAAGCCAAUUACAACAAAAUUGGCAACAACCACAGCAGAAUCAGAGCACAAAUCAAAUCCAACAAACUUGGCAGAACUCCCAACAACAAAAUCAAAAUCCAAACACGAAUCAGAUUCAGCAGAACUGGCAACAACAACAGAAUCAAAAUUCAAAUACAAAUCAAUUGCAACAAAAUUGGCAACAAACUCAACAGAAUCAGAACACAAAUCAGAUUCAGCAGAACUGGCAACAACCACAACAAAAUCAAAAUCAAAACACAAACCAGUUGCAACAAAAUUGGCAGAAUCCUCAACAACAGAAUUCAAAUGCAAAUCAAAUGCAACAAAACCGGCAACAGCCUCAGCAAAAUCAAAGUCAAAAUACAAAUCAAAGUUCAAUGCAGCAGAAUUGGCAAAACGCUCAGCAACAGAGUCAGAACACAAAUCAAAUGCAACAGAACUGGCAACAGCCUCAACAAACUCAAAGUCAAAAUACAAAUCAAAACCAAAUGCAACAAAAUUGGCAGAAUUCACAAGGUCAAGCUGCUUCUCAGAGCCAGCAGAUGCAACAGAUAUGGCAACAACAAUUAAAUCAGCUCAACCAACAGAUGAACAAGCAACAGUCAGCAUCAUCAAACCAAACACAGGCUUGGCAACAACAAAACCAACCAACUUCAAGUCAAAACCAGCAAAAUUACCAAAUGAACCAAUUCAACCAAAGACAAAGCCAACAAAAUCCAGCGAAAUCACCUUUGCCUCAGCAGCAACAGCAAACGCCCAACCAAUGGCAGCAGCAGAAUCCAUCAAAAUCUCCUUUGCCACAACAACAAAACCAACAACAAAACUAUCAACAGAAGGCUCAGAAGAGUCAAAGCCAAUCGAACAUGAACGAGCAACAUCUACAAUACCUCCAGAUGAAGUUAUCCCAACAACAGAGUGGCGCACCAAUUCCUCAACAAAAGAACCAGCAAAGCCAACAGUUCAACCAGCAGUACAAUCAGAAGAACCAGAUGUUUGUUGGAAUGAAUCAGCAAAGCUCAGCUCCUCAACCGAUGAUGAAAUCCCCUUCUUUCGGGACAGUUCCAUCAACUCCUCAGCCGAACCAAACUGGUGUUUUCUCCCAGAAGAAUCAGAACCAAAUGCCGCAAAGUCCUUCCCAAUCAUCAUUUGCACAGAGUCCUUAUUCUCAGCAACCAGUUUCGCCAUAUACAACACAGAACCAAUUCAAUCAGAACCAGAAGCAGAACCAACAGAAACAGUCAAACGCUUAUUCCCAAGUAAUGCAAGGGUUCAACAUGCCACAAGCUCAGUUCAUGGCCCAAAUGAAUAGUUUUGCCCAGCAGCAGCAACAACAAAAUGCAUUCAUGCAGAAGAAUACAAGUCAGUUCAAUCAAUUCCCACAACAACAGCAACAAAAAUAUGACGAAAGUUUCUUUUAUGAUCAGAAGAAUCAACAGCAAAACCAACCACAAUCAAACCAAAAUCAAAUUGCUUCAGAAUGGCUUCAGAUGAUGCAAGGGUCUGUUGAUAUAACAAUUCCUAACCAGUUCAUGCAGAUGCAACAACAACAGAACCAGAACCAGGGACAGCAAAUCCAGAACCAACAAAGCCAAAGUCAGCAAAUUCCAAAGCAAGAAAAGCAAAAACAGGAGAAGGCGACUAAGAAACAAAGACAGAGCAAAUCACAGAAACAGAAACAACAGCAACAGACAGGAUCCAGACCAAGAAAUUUGGAAUAUCCUCAACCUCAGCUACUUGAAUUGACUGAGAAAUAUCACCUACUUCAGCAACAACAAAUGCAACAAACUCAACAGCAGUUGCAGCAGAAUUUGCAACAACAGCAGCAACAAAUGCAGAUGCCACAAAAUAUACCAAUGCCACUAACCCAAAAUAUGCCUACACAGAAUAUGACUCAAAAUCAAAACACUUCUAUUCAGCAGAAUCCGUUUUCGAACAUGAUGAGUCAGGAUAUUAUGGAUUAUGGCAUACCGGAUACCGGAGAUGAUGGGGAGACUUUUACUUUUAGUCCAUCAAUGGAUUAA